CAAGGACUGCCCCUGCCGGGUACCUUCGUCCCGCCCCAGCCCCAAGGUGGGGCCCCAUAGGUGGAGAGACGUGGGAGAGGUCCCGGCCCCGCCUCUCCCCUCCUUCCCGGACACGCGGAAGCGGGUUGACCCCCCAUACUAGGAUGUCUGACGCCUGGGUCGCCGGCCUUCUGCCUCCUUUGCUGCUUGGCCUGCUGGCCAGACUCCCACAGGCUGCAGCCAUUUGCGGGACCAUCUUAACCUGCCCCAAAGGCUUCAAAUGCUGUGACAACAUCUGCUGCCAAGAGUAUGAGGUCUUCUCUGGUCCCUUUAGAGCCGCAGGUACUUUUCCCGGCAGGAUCUUCGUCAUCGUCUUCCUCAUCCUUCUCCCUUUCGUGUGCAUCUGCGGCCUGAUCAAGCGCUUCUGUCGCAGCUGCGGAGAGCCAGAGCAGGACCCUGUGGAGGAGUUCAGGGGGCCCAUGGAGACGUCCUCGUCACCCCCCAUGGCAAGGGCACCCCCCGUGGCCACAGCACCCAUCCUGGAGCCCCCUCCUCCCUACAGUGAGAUUGUCCAGAAGCCGUUCCCUGGACUGCCCUCCAUGGAGCCACCCCCUCCUUACAGCUUCAUGUCUGAAGAACCUACUGGGGCAGACAGGGGCAUCGACAACCCUGCCUUCUGAGCCUGCGCCUGCCUGGAAUCCUGCCUCCAACCACCUACUCCCGGUGCUCCCCGUGGCCCUCCUCCCUCAGAGAGUCAUCCUGCCCACCUCACCCACCCUCCUUGGAUUUAACUUAUUGCUUUGCCUGCCCUUGUCACACCAGCAGCUUCCUUUGUCCCAAGGACUGAACUGGGGUGACAGUGUGCACCCUCUACCCAAGUCAGGGGUUACCAAGAGGAAAAUGUCAACAGUUGGGAGUGUCCCAAGGUGGAAGAAGCAGCUGUGCAGACUGGAGAGAGCCCUCCUGCCCCCCCCCACCACCACACACCCCUCACCCCCAUUUCUGAACUGGACAGCCAGCACUGAGCUAUUUGGGGGGAAACACUUCUAUUCCAUGGGAGAUUGAAGACGAUGUCCUCAGAGCACUUCCGUAAUUCUGCCUGAGUAGAGAAGACCUGCCUUUCCCCCUUCCUCUGACAUGAGUACUCAGUAAAUUGUAAUGGGCUGUUGCUGAAA